UAACCUGAUGUUAACAUGGUGCUGUCCUGUGUUUGUCCAGAAGGCGGCCAGCUGAACAACAAUGUGGCAGCCAGCUCCAGCGUUGGCCCGCAGCACCCCUACCCGGCGCUCAGCCAGCUGGCUCAGGCCUACGAACAGCAGCAGCAGCAGCAGAACGCCGACCUGAACAAGUACGCCUCCCUGAAGGCCGUAGCUGCCAAGUACAACGGAGAAAUCUACAACAAGCGGCGGCUGAUGGUGGAGCUGCCGACGAAAGGCGGCCUUCCUCUCCAACCGAUGGGAAACUCUCGGAGCGCCAUGGGCAACCUGUCGAUGACGCCGCCGAUGGCCGCCAACGCCAUGCCGUCAAACCCCCUGACCUCUAACCCCUUGAACUCCUCCAUGACACAGAUGGCUUCAAUGGCCCCAAUGGCUUCAAUGGCCCCAAUGGCAUCCAUGGCCCCAAUGGCAUCAAUGGCAUCAAUGGCUUCAAUGACAGCGAUGACGUCCAUGCCGCAGAUGACCUCACUCUCCCCAAUGCCCUCCAUAACCCCCAUGACCUCUUUAGGUCCACUGACUCCGGAGCCUGUGGCCACCUACGUGACGGAGAUGCCCAGCAUCUCGUCCGUCUCCACCCUGCCGACGGAGCGGCACAUUGCGGGCGGCAGCGGCGGACUCAAGCCCAACGGCCAAAAGUCCAAAGGCGGCCAUGCGGCCCACAGCUCCUACAGCUCCCACACACACACCCACACCUACAGUAGCAAGGCGCCAGGACUCGGGGCUUCUUCCCUGGCGCACAUGGUGGGGACGAUGCCAAGCGGCAUGUCCAGGGCCGUCGAGACCGCCUUUGGCUCGAGCUCGGCCACCAUGGGCCGGCCGUUUGCCUACAGCUCCAACACCAUCGCUGGGCACGCGGUGGGCUUUGGCAUAAAGGGCUGGGAAGGGACAGAGACGGUGGGCAGGAGAAAGAGCUACGGGCACAAGAGGCCCCAGUGCACGGUGCUGGAGCCCAACCAGCUGCACGGCUCCCGGGGCCAGAGCCACAGCCAGCACUUCCUGCCCACGCAGCCCUACUUUGUGACCAACAGCAAGACGGAGGUGACUGUGUGAGAGCGAGAGGAGCGGAGACGCAAAUAAUCUCUGUUUGGAGACGCCACCUCCUGGGGAGCUCCGGAGGAGGCGGAGCUUCGUCGUCUGAGUGAAAGUUGCCUUGAAGUCAGAGCCAACCAAUCAGAUCACGCUUCAGAUGCUGACAACAAACAAUACGUACCUGAGGCCAUGUUUGUACAUUUGUGCCGAUGUUCGAGUUGUCUCCUCCUCUCUGACGAUGUCCAACGUUAGAGAGUCAGAAACCAAACCUGAUAGCAAUAUCGCAGAUGAAGAGCGAUGUCAUGGUAACGGAGAAAAACCGAGUUAUUACCCAGAAGCCUUCAGGAGAGGCUUCCUCAACGAAACACCAAACGGUCUGGAGGAAAAACGUUCGCUCAUGAUUACAACCGUUUCUCCUGAGAGCUUUGAAGCAGAAGCACACAGUGGUGAUGAUGAUGAUGAUGAUGAUGAUGAUGAUGAUGAUGAUGAUGAUGAUGAUGAUUGUGGGAUUCAGAUUUGAGGUAGAUGCAGCAAAAACAGAAAAAUUCAAACGGUUUUUAAAUCUGAUUGGGUCAAUCUGAGAUUAAAUCCUCUUAAUCCCUGAAAUCCUUCAGUUUUAAUAAUCUGGCAGCUAUUUUAAUACGAUAACUAACCAACUAAACAGGAUGAAUGUUUUCAACCAUAAUGACCUAGUCAAAGUUUAUUUAUGGAGAAUCUUUAAAAACAACCGAAGCUGACCAACCGUGGUUAACGAAGACAGAAUAUCGAACAAAAAUGGAUGAAAAGUAUAAAAUACGGAAUCUGUACAGAGUAAAAGAACAGAAAUAAAAUGGAGUCAUUCUCAACCGAGAUUAAAAUCUACGGAGAAACACUGAGACUCUGAUCUGCAGGCAUCAGGGGAAAAACCAACAGGAGAAAAUACAUCAGAUAAAAUCUGUUGAUCAAUAAUAACAGGUUAAUAUGUAAACAGACCUAUAACUAACUUUCCCAGAAGAAUAUCUGAUGCUUUCAGACUUUCACUAAAUUUACACUAUUAGUUGAAUUAAGAAGCAAUUUUAAAUAAUAAGAAUAAAGUUGUAAUAUUAGCAGAAUAACGUUAACGCCAUGCUAUGCGGGCGCCACGCUAUGCGGGCGCCACGCUAUGCGGGCGCCACGCUAAGCGGGCGCCACGCUAUGCGGGCGCCACGCUAAGCGGGCGCUGUAAUAAGCACCGUGGGACCAAAUGUCUAAAGAACGAGUUUAAAGUGAAGCUUCUCGCCUGAAACAUUUUAAACCAGGGACCAAACAUAAAUUUAAACCUUAAAUUGCUUCAAAGAUUCAUUUUCAUACGGCUGGGCUCAUUUUGUGCAAAAACUAUAAAAUAUUUUUAAAGAAUUGUCCUAACCUUUCUAAAGGUCUUAUUUUUCUAUCAGAUCAUUCUCUGAACUCCAGUUUUACCCACAGAGAGAGAGAAAAACCAUCUGGAAAAAUCUAUGUGGGUUAAAUGACUCAAAUAUAAAAAUAAACCCGUGAGUGUGACAAAUAGGCCAAAUCUUCGAAGGGCUUCUUCAAGCCUGUUUGCAUGUUUCCGUUUUAGCUCGGCAACUCCGGCUGCUGCUCCGUGGUUAAAGCAGGAGAAAAGUUCAGGUGAGAAGCAGAAGCACAAACAGCUGCUGCUGCUGCUGCUGCUGCUGCUGCUGCUGCUGCUGCUGCUGCGCAGACAGCUGCUGCUGCUGCUGCUGCUGCGCAGACUGCUGCUGCUGCUGCUGCUACUGCCUUCUGAAGAAACGCACCAAAAAAAGUCAGAGCCAGGAGGAGGGACUUAGCGCUGUCAAUCACCCCAUGUAUUCGCUGCUAAAUGUGCUAGUGGUGCAGAAACAACUCACUGUUACAGGAAAGCUGUUCAUCUGCUAUCAUCUGUGGCGAUGCUAACUAGCAUUAGCAUUCACAACAUUCAUGAUGUGUAUAUGGCCAUGAUUGACAGCGCUAGGCCCCCCCCCCUGAAUCUGAUUGGUUGUUUUUAGUUAGCACUGGGAGACAAAGGAAACGGAUUAAUCCACAGAUUGUCUCAGAUUAAACUCACGUUUCAACAAAUAUAAAAAAACAUUUUAUAAACGUUACAUCACUUUAAAACGACUGCAGAGCGAAAACCAGAUUCACAGUGAGUGGAACCAGAGGGGGUUUUGUGUUUGCCCCCGGCAGCAGGGUUUUAUAGCUCGGACCUUCCAGAACUUUCUCCCUCCUGAUCCAUUUCUGUUCAUCGUUUCUCCUUUUAUUCAGAGAAAUAUGAGAAACUACCUGAGAAACGUUGUGAGCUAAAAAAAAUGUAAUUUUAUUUCACUUUUGUACAACUUCCUGUCCCUUUGAACACGAUGUCGACUUUGCUUCGACGGCGGUGAGAGAGUCCAUCUUUAAUAUCCAGUUACUGAAAACAUCCAAACCAAUCAAAACUAAAUGAAUCCAGUUCAGAUCAAACUGAGGGAAAUUCAGAUUUAACUCCAAACUGGCUAAGAUUCUCCAAACAUUCAUUCGGGUGAAGCUACUGCAGGAAUCUGAGAAGUUUUAAUCAAACUGCAGAGAAAAUGUAACUUUUGACUCAAACAAACAACAUGAGAAACGAGCUGCUGUUGCUAGACGACGGAGACACGGAGCGAUAAUAUUUCACUUUUUGCUGCUUCUCGUUAAAAUUCAUCUGGGCUUUCUGUGGGAAUCCAUCUUCAUCUUCUUCUACAUCCACACUCAGUCAGAACUCGAUGAAUCUAAUUCAGACCAGACUGUGAGAACGUUUCUCUGCAGGUCAGAUUUUCAAAAUAAAAGCAUUCAUUUCCUUCAGCUACUCUUUGCCUCCAUUUGGCAUCAAAAAGGUGAAACUUUUUAAUCAAACUGUUGUUCUAUUGUAAGCUUUGACUCAUGAUGCAGCCACCACCAUGCUUUAAUGUUGUUUCAGGGCGUUUCAGAGCAGAAACAUGAAAAACAGGCUGCUGUUCCCAUGGCAGCUGCCUGUUAUGUAAUACAGAGACACCAGAGAUGUUAAAACACAAAGAAAGUUGUUUUCUUUGUCGUUUCUGUUCAUUCAGCUGCGUAAAUCCAUCUGCAGCUUCCAAACCCAAACAGAGCAAAGUUAAUCUACGAAUCUCUGAUCCUUGGGUUUAUUUCCUGUUUUCCUGACGGAUCGCAGCUCAGUUUGCUCCAGACGGAGCGGAAAGGUCAGAGGUCGCUGGAUGUGCAUGAUCAGAACCAACUGACUGCAGGCAGCCAGGCGGAAACCUGCAGACGUUUAGUUGCUGCGUCGUAACGCCAGAUUACGGAGAGCGGGAAGCAAAGUGGGCCAUCAUUGCUCACAAUUAGGGACCAAAACAAACCGGGUGGAACGCCGGGAUCUGCCGGAUGGGUCAGAACCACAGCUGAGUGGCUUCUGGAACCAGCCAUGUCUGACGGCGUUCAUCACUCAGACGUGAAACGAUGCUCAGGUAGAAAAGACGCCGGCAUGAAGCCAACAACGGGGACAUUUCCCUCCCAGAAGCUUUUUAUUAUUCAUCUUCCUUCAGUUUCUUCUCCUCCAUUUCAUCCUUCAGAUCAACCAGCACAAACAUCAGCCGACCAAAAUACUGGUUAGCAUUAUGUAGCAUUUAAUCCUUGAUGGUUUCUAUCAAUAGCGUCACAGAAACAAGUUAAUCUGAAGCUAAUUUUAGCCGUUUGGGCUAAUUAAUUUUGGGUCAUCAAAAUGAAUCCGUAUUUAACCUUCUGAUACAUCAACGUCGGGGAUUAACUUUAUAUUCCCCUAAAAUUUACAUUUGGUUUAAAUUAAAGCCAAAAAUUGUUCUAAAGCAGAACAGCAGGUCACAAAGAUUCUGCUAAUAUGAAAAGAUGAACAAAAAUCUGCGAUCAGGAAUGUGUUUUUAACUCAUUUUAUGAUUCAUUUUAGGGGAUAAAUCAUUUCAUAAAUGUUCUGUGUUGAUUCUGUGGAACCGCUCUUCAAACCAUGAUUUUAAAGGAUCAAAAUAACCAAAAUAUAAAGUUCAUCAGAUUUACCAGAAGUGAUGCUUCAUGAUGAAUCUAAAUUCAACGUUUUGUUCUGAAAAUGUUAAGUUUGGAAAUGAUUCAUCUGCUAGUUAGCAACACUAAGUUUUCUCUUUAGCCCACUUAGCUUCCCCUAAAUUAGUUCUUAUGGAUAAAUUCUAAAGCACUAAUACCAGAGCCAAUUUCUCAUUUAGCGCUUUAGCAUUUUCCUAACUUCAUAAACAUUUAGCGCAUAAAGCUCCUCCUGCAGCUGCAGGUCAUCAUCAGCGUCGGAGCAGGACUGAUGUCCAGAGGCCUCAUGACUUCGCUGCUCUAAAACAGGGUUCAGUUCAUAACCAGCUUCAAAUUAUUCAGUGAAUAAACCGUAACCUGUUUCUACGGUCCGACGUUUUUCAGAUCAGUGAAUUCCCAAACCGACCCUGCUGGUACCAGUUUGGUCAGCUCCUGUUUUGUUGGGUAAUUUUCUGACUAUUAUCAUAUUUCUGCUGAAGAUUUAAAAGCACGGAUUGUUGCUGAUGUCAUCCUGAAUCAGAAAACGAUGUCUGUAAAUAUCUGUUUGUUGGGAAUGAGUUACAAUGCAGUCCAGCAACGAGCCGACGUACGGGUGCAUUUUGUUUUAGAAAACAUGAUAUGUACAGUUCAUAAAAGGGCUCCAACACAAGAUACACGUUCAAAAACAUCCUGAUUUAUUUCCUGUUCUGCUGGAGAUGCUGAGCUGUGCAGCAGAACCAUCUCCGCCUGGGUUUCCGCUUCGUGUCGGGUUUAUUUUUAAGCACAAUGUUCCCGUUUCUCUCUGUCCAGUAGCGCUCGACGUGCUUCAACAGCGCCUGUUCCUGGGCGUACAGCUUUUACUGACGUCACAGGAAACGGAUUCAUCUGCAGAUUUUCAAACGGAUUCUUCAAGUACGGUCAUGAAGAGAGAUUUUAGGCAGCUAAUAUCUCACCUGCAACAGAAAACUCUCACUUUGUUUUCAUUUAGUCCAAACUUGUCAAGUUGACCAGAAUCAAGCAAAUUAACUAGUUUGAUAUUUUUCUUUUUUUAUUCAUCGUAGAUCCAAAACUUAAGAGAUUUUGCACAUUUGCUGUGUUAAAUAAAAUAAAAAGUUAGUUUUCAAAUUCCUCUGGGCUCGAUUGAUUAAAUUGAUCGUUAGUUAUAGGAACAGGAUUUGGGUCACUUUCUUUCAAAAUGCUAGCUAACAUUUAGCCGAGUUUAAUAAAUUCAAUAAAAGCUGAUUUUGGUGCAGCAAAGUUGGUUUUUCAGUAAAAGUCUCUAGAUGAAUGUGAUUCUAUUUAUUAUGAAAACCUGUUUAUAAACUAAAGUUAUACUUUCUGUUGUACUUAAGAUUUUCCAUUGUAAGAAAAUUGUAAUUACAAGUGCAGAAAACAGCCCCGGACCGCCUGUUGGCCCCGGACUUAGUCUAAGCCCAUCUUAGUUAAACCUGGAGUCUGAAGCUAACGGCUAAUCUGACCGAAACCAAACUAGA